AUGAGUAGUGAUAAACAACAUUACAAUAAAAAGAAUAUGGGUAUUAAACAAUUUCCAAAGGAUUGUAUCUCACAAGCAUCAAUAAUCACUUCUAUUGACCUUUCAAAUAAUGAGAUUAUAAAUCUCCCUAAAGAAAUGGGACCUUUUAAAGUAUUAACUCAUUUCAGAAUGAUGGCAAAUAAAGUAUCAUCUUUGCCACUUAGUUUUACUACAUUAACUAAUCUUAGACAUCUUGAUUUAAAUGCAAAUUGUUUUACUGAAUUUCCAACACAAAUAACAUCAUUAACGAAUUUAGAAGAAAUCCAAAUGAUUCAAAAUCAAUUAACAUCAAUACCUGAUUGUAUUGGUAAUUUAGUUAAACUACAAAGAAUUUCAUUUACUGCCAAUUUUUUAAAAUCAUUACCAAAAGGAUUAGCUAAAUGUGUUGAUAUGAAUUAUAUUGAAUUAACAAGUAAUGAAUUUGAAGAAUUUCCUGACGUAAUUUGUGAAUUAAGAAAAGUAACAAUUUUAAUGCUUCAACAAAACCGAAUUAAAGAAGUACCUGAUUCUAUAAGUAAAUUGGAAAAAUUGAGUGGAUUAUAUUUAUCAUCUAAUAAUUUUGGUAAAUUUCCUGAGUCAGUUUGUACUAUUCCUUCAUUAACACAAUUAGAAUUAGAUAAUAAUAACUUUGUUGAUAUACCUGAUUCUCUUUCACAAUUAACAAAGUUAAAAACAUUAAUUAUUAAUAAAUCAUUUAUUUCAUGUUUAAAUUCAGUAGAUAUGAUGUCAAAUUUAUGUCAAAUUGUGUUGAGUGAUACAAAAUGUAUGUUUCUUCCAGACCUUUCACAAAAUAGUAAAUUAACAUCAUUAAAUGUUAUUCGUGGAUAUUUAAAUGAAGUCAAAUCACUCCCACCAAAUUGUUCAUGUAGAUUUUCUAAUAAUCAAAUAGAAUCAAUUGAACUUCCAGAAAAUGGAGUUCUCCAAUAUAUGAUUCUUUCAAAUAAUAGAUUAAAAGUAUCACCAAAUCUUUCAAUGCUUUCUAAAAUUUCUCGUCUUGAUAUUUCUCAAAAUAGAAUUACUCGAUUUAAUGAAAAUACAUGUCAUCCUACUUUACAACAAUUAGAUAUUAGUUGUAAUCCAUUAGUUGAAUUUCCUGUAUGUAUUACUAAAUGCCAAUCAUUAAAAAUUCUUAAUCUUUCUGAUUGUCAUUUAUAUGAUAUUCCCUCUAAUGUUCUUUCUUCAUUAAGUAAUUUAGAAACUUUAUAUAUUGGAUGUAAUCAUCUUAGUUCAUUAGAAAGUCUUUCUGUCUUAAAAAAAUUGAGAGCAUUAUAUUUACAGUCAAAUAAUCUUCUUCAUUUUCCACAAAGUAUAUUUGAUUUAAUUACAUUAAAGACACUAUUUGUAUCCAAUAAUUAUAUCACAACUAUUCCAAAUGAAAUCUCUCAAUUAACUCAAUUAGAACAACUAGCCCCCUGA